AUGGCUCCCGUCAAGCAAGAUAUAUUUCAACUACAGGCGUUCAAAGUUCCUGCUACCUGGCUAUAUCUCCUCCUACCCCUUUCCGUGCUCAUAUUUGUCAUUGUCCGACGGUCUCGACAGCACAAGAUGUCAUCCUCUCAAAACUCCGGUGCCAAAAAUUACUCGCGAGCAAUAAAUAUAUCCGACCAUUCUGGCGAAAAGCUACAAAUUCACUUGUUCUUCGAAAACGGGAGCCCUCCCAGCAAUCAGCCAACGCAGAAUGCGAAUCACACUGGCCGUCCUGAAAUUCCAGCUUCAAACACAUCCGCCAGCGAACCCCACCAGUAUACACAAGCCUUUGAUAUGACAAGCUUGCCUCUACCUACCGCGACUCAGGAUAUGAAACACCACACGACGACAUUGACAGAGCGAGAGUUCGCACAGCCUGUCUAUUCGGAACAGUCCAAUCCAGCAGCGCCGCGCCUCCAAAAGGAAACCGUGCAGGUAUUCAGAGAAGUUGGAUCCGAGACUCGAAAAAACUGGAGGAGAAAGGUACUCGAGUACCGCUAG